UCUGGUCUGAUGGACAUGCAACUCCAGAUGCAGAGCAUUAUGAGACAAAUACAAAGUCUUGGACAGGCGGGGAAAAGGUCAAAGUCAAAUGCAAAGUUAAAGCUAGUAAGGAGCCUGGCUGUGUGUGAAGAGUCUUCUCCUCCGCCCACAGCUGAUGUUCCACAGGAUAAUCAGGACAAAAUUCACCUCCAGUUAACACAAGCAUUUGAUAAAGAAGAUCAGACCAUAAAAGAUGAAGCUGAAAAGGAAGAAUGCACAGAGAAACCAGAUAAAAUAAAUAAAAAAAUGUUAUCGAGAGAUUCCAGCCAAGAAUACACAGAUUCCACUGGAAUAGAUCUUCAUGAAUUUUUAGUAAAUACUUUGAAAAAUAAUCCCAGGGAUAGAAUGAUGUUGCUGAAGUUAGAACAAGAAAUUCUGGAUUUUAUCAGUAAUAACAAUAUUCAAUAUAGGAAGUUUCCUCCAAUGACCUCCUAUCAUAGGAUGUUGUUGCACAGAGUGGCUGCAUACUUUGGCUUGGAUCACAACGUUGACCAAACAGGAAAAGCUGUGAUCAUAAACAAAACUAGCAACACAAGAAUACCUGACCAGAAGUUUUGUGAACAUAUAAAAGAUGAUGCAAGUGAUGAUUUUCAGAAGCGAUAUAUCUUAAAACGAGAUAACUCAAGCAUUGACAAAGAUGAUAACCAAAUACGUAUCAGAUUGCGGGAUGAUAGAAGAAGCAAAUCAAUAGAGGAGAGGGAAGAGGAAUAUCAGCGGGUCAGAGAUAGGAUAUUUUCUCAAGAUGUAAGUAUAGGGUGGGAAAGAGGAGUAAAUAUCUGGUUUUAAAUUGGAUGUGCAAAU